AUGCAUAGCAUUGAGCUACACGUCUCAAGAUCAGCUUCGUCGAUCAUAGGUACCUAUAUAGGUCCUCCUAAGUCACGUGGUCAGCAAUGUGGACCGACCGAUCAGCUGAUUCCUGAUAACCACACACUUUUGGGCAUAGAUAUAGGUGUUGCAGCAGUUCGGCUCUUGAUGAUAUAGCCCGCGAAAUGAGUUGCGAUUCUCGAUUACUUGAUUUUUCAUAAACACAGUGAGGACUUGCGGUCUGCAUGGAGAAUUAUGUUUUCAACUUUGAAGAGUUUCUCAAGAUUUUCAUUCAACAAACUCUAUGUUCAAUCCAUAGUAAAAUGUUCUUCAGAGGUCAUUCAGAAUGCCACAUCACAGCAGCAAACUGCCGCUCAGAAUGUUGUGCAACAAACAUUUGGUCAACCGACCCCACAGACUCACUCGCAUCUUCUGAAAGAUGGAGAAAUCAUCCCAGGUAUCAAAGUAGAUGAAAUAAAAUCAAGACGCAAUCAGUUACUGGAGAAAAUUGCUAAAUCCGCACAAGAGAGGCCAUUUCAAAGUGGUGCUCAAGUUGUAAUACUACCUUCGGCUUCCAAAGUUUACAUGUCAGAUAAGAUACCGUAUGUUUUCCGACAGAAUACGGAAUUUCUGUACUUCACUGGGUGCCAAGAGCCUGACUCUAUAUUAGUGCUUAUUGUAAAUGGUAAUCAUUUUUCUUCUACACUGUUUAUGCGGUACAAGGAUGCUCAUGCCGAAUUAUGGGAUGGACCAAGAACAGGAACUGAGGCUGCUUUAUCUUUAUUCGAGGUUGACCAUGUCUUGCCAGUCAACGAGUUUGAACGCUUUUUAACUUCUUACUUGAGUGAAAAUAAGUCCUGUACUUUAUGGUACGAUGAUGAAGAUAUUGUCCAACAAGAUGUUCACAAAAAACUUAAUCAACUCAUCAGAAUAUAUGACACAAAUAAAUUUAACUGUCCCAAGGCACUUAUGCAUCAAAUACGCCUGAUAAAAUCUCCAGCUGAAAUCAAAUUGAUGAAGAAGAGUUGCGAUGUUGCAUCAGCAGCUAUAGCAAAAACAAUAGAAAUCUCUAAACCUGGAAUGAACGAGCAUGAACUCUUUGCCAUUGUGGAUUAUGAAAGUAGGAUGCAGGGAGCUGAAUUUUUGGCUUACCCACCAGUGGUAGCUGGUGGAAAAAAUGCAAACAUCAUUCACUACAUAUCCAACAAUCAGAUUGUUAAUGAGAAAGAAAUGGUUUUAAUGGAUGCAGGUUGUGAAUAUCAUGGAUAUACUUCUGACAUCACGAGAACCUGGCCAAUUGAUGGUAAAUUCACGCCCUAUCAAAAGAUUCUUUAUGAAAUCGUUCUUGACGUUCAGAAAAUCUUGAUAGACAAAUUGAAAGAAAUGCCAAGUUUAGACAUGGUCUAUCACGAGAUGUGUUAUUUGCUGGGCAAACGACUGCAAGAAGAGAAUCUGAUACCAAAAAAUCUAAGUGGUAACAAAUUACUAGCGGCUGCGUACAGUUAUUGCCCGCAUCAUGUGAGCCACUAUUUAGGGAUGGACGUGCACGAUACGCCGAAAAUUUCUCGAAGCAUUAGAGUUCAGCCUGGAAUGGUGGUUACAGUCGAACCAGGAAUCUACGUCAAUCCGAAAAAUCAGUUUGCUCCUCCCGAGUUUCAUCAUAUCGGAAUCAGAAUAGAGGACGACGUUUUGGUACAAGAAAGCGGUCCUCUGGUUUUAAGUGAAAAUUGCCCCAAGGAGGUUGACGACAUCGAAGCUCUUGCGCGGAAAAAUCAAUCGUAGCACAAAAUAAUGACCGAUUGACAUGGAACUUGGGUUCAAUAGGGCGGCAGAAGAUAUGAAUUAUACAUAUGUAAAUAAAGUAACAGUUUCUUUUUGGAAACUAGGAGAAUCAAAGAAUAAACAAGAACAAAUCUAUAAAGUAGUAAGCUUUAUUCACUUUUAUCGUCACUUUAUUUAUUCGUAGACUGGACGGUUUGGAAAGAAAUGAACGUUACAAACUUGCAGCCAGUACAGUACGACUAAAAGAAACAACAAUAGAGCAUACACACAAAGAGCUACCAUGAAUAACAAUUUAAGUAGGUAGCUAAUUGUGCCGGUUUAAAGCUAAAAUAAAAAAUGAAAAAUAGAUCUCAAUGUACGUAUAAAAGAAGUUUAACGUGUGAAAUGAAUCAACAUAAAUUAAUAAAAAAAAAAAAAAUUAAAACAA